AUGUCCAAUCCACAAGCACCAUCAUCAACGCUCCGACUCGGAGGAAACAGAUCCAAGAUUGAUCAUGACUCGGUUGUGGUCAAUCCAGUCAUGUCUGCCACUUUGAUAGAUAUGGGAUUUUCUAAAUUCAAAUCAAACAGAGCUCUUCAAAUGGUUAAUAAUGUAUCCAUUGAUGCAGCCAUUCAAUACAUUUAUGAUCAUUUCAAUGAAUUGGAUCAAGAAGAAUUGAUCACUGGUGGUGAUACAUCAUCUGAUACAUUAUCUUCAACAACAACAACCACCUCUUCCCCAACCAUUCCAACAAGAUCUGAAAUUAAUACAUCCUCCAAUGAUACUUCAUCACCAUUGAUGGCAGGCAUUCCAGCGAUUCAUCAUAAUCCAAACAAACUCAAAGGAGACUCUAUUGAAAACAAGUUAGCCUUUGCAGAGAGAGAACGUUUGAAGGAACAAGAACGAUUGAAAAAAGAAAAAAUGGAAGAAAAAAAACGAAUCAAGGCUUUGAAAGAACAAAUGAAACGCGAGAAGGAAGAAAAGAUGUCGAAACAACAGACAGGAGGUGCUAUUGUUCCAUCCACUGCUACUACCACAACUACUACUACUACCAGUGCAAGUACAAGCACUCCAAGUGAUCAAUCCAAUGCUCUCAUUCAAGUUCGAUUACCUUCAGGUACUACUGAAAAAGUUCAAUUGACUGCCAAUGACAAUUUGAAUGGUUUAUAUGCUGCAAUUUCUAGUCAAUUAGAUCCAAAUGAAGCGUAUAGUAUUUUAACCACAUUUCCACGUAAAGAAUUCUUUGCAGAAGAUUGGAAUCAAACAACAUUGAAACAAGCUGGAUUAGUACCAAAAGGAUCAGUCAUUGUACAAUUGACUAAAAAUAAGGGAAUGAUUAUCAAGGCUUCAACAACCAUGCCAACAACAACAACACCAACCAUUACACCACCAUCAGGUCAUAUGAGUGAUGAUAGUGAUGAUGAAAAUGGUGGUACCAUUUCAAGUAGUGGUAGUGGUCGAAUUCUUGGAUCUUCCUCACAGGUCAUUCCAGAAGAAUCUGCUCUUAGAACCAUUCUCAAUUCAUCUGUGAAUUUCAAUAAGGAUAGUUAUACAUUACUCCUUUGUGAAAAGCAGUGGAUUCUUUCCAAGUUAGAAUCAUCCAGUGAUGAUUCUCAACAUGUGGUAUACAGACAUUUGGGUGAUUCUCAUUUGACUGGAUCUUCUCUCAAUGAAUGUGUCUUGUAUUCUGCUCUUGGUCAUGUGAGCAUGUCAUCGAAUGGUGAAACCAUGGUUGGUACUUGGAGAUUUACUCAACAACAUGGUGGCAUUUGUAUUGAAAUUACUUGUCAAAAUAUGGUUCAAAUCAUGCUUAUUGAGUCACUCACCAAUGAAUGUUUAAUUUUGAAGAGAUUUGAUAAAUAA